AUGAUGAUCAUCCUCGACGAACGACUCCAAGCCACCCUCAACGGCGCCGUGAAAGACCACCAAAAAGAUGCCAAGGAUUUCACUGUUCCCGCGUCGUUCCAUUUUAUGAUCGGCUCAUUUACCGGGGAGCACGAUAUUCAAGUCGCCCACCUCGUCCCGUGUCCGCAACCUCCGAGGGAUGGGCCUGUGAACCACACAAAUGACGCUAUCAAAAGAAUGGACACCGAAUUUCUGGCCGAGCAUGCCGAUCGAGUCAUCCGGAUGCUGCCCGGCGGCGUGGAUUUAGUUGGUAUUGUACUGAUUUCCGAGGAGAAGAAAGUGCUCCCGUUGCUGAAACCGGUGCUGCUUCAAGUUUUACAAGGCGUUGCAAAGGCCGCCACUGCUGACUCGACGUUCAACUUGUUCAAGUAUAUCACCCAUAUGGCGCUGGUAAGCAUCGAUGGAGCGGAAGGAAAGCAGCAAGGUUUUCUAGCCGACGUCAGCCAUCGUGAGGGCUCGUUUUCUGCGAAUAAAAUCAGCUUUGAUAAACUCCAAUGGACGACAAUUAUCUCGAGGAUUGGCGGGCGAGUCAGCGGCCACGUCCCGUUGAAAAGCAACGAUUUUACAAAGGAUCUACGGCAAAUGCUUCAACAUCGAGUACAACAAAUCCUUGACUGCCAACUAAUCCUCAUUGACGAUGUCGUGCGAAAUUCCGACGAUUUGCUGAUCAAAGAUCAAAAGCACAAGAAGCAGUCCUACGAAUUGGCGCUUAUGGUUCAAUCGGAAUGCGACAUCGACGCGGCUUCAACGAUCGAGAGCGAGACCGCAAAUAAUUGGCACGAUUUUGUGUUUGACGUCGAGGUCCGAGCGGCGGUUCCGGUGAAGAGCAAGGUGAAAGAUGCUGUGGCUGCCGUGAAGCUGCAUGUUAUCCGGAAUUUUAGUGCGCGAGGAGCCCUCGUCGCCGAUCUGAUGGACGUCACCGAGGAGAAAACCUUCCCCACAACUCAAAUCAUCCACCAGAUGCCGCGGCCCGCCACCACUUUUCUGCCCUCGCAGCCGGCCAUCAUAUUCAGCGACUUUUUGUUCGAGGCCGAGGGCCCGGAGGAUGCGCGCGAGAAUUUCAAGGAUACGCUCGGGUUGGACGUCAAUUUGGAAAAUGUCGAUGACGGAUGGGAACGAUCGUUGGCCAUCGAUGAAAUGGAGGUCGUCAGGGCCAAGGAGGUUGUUCCCGACCACGCUCCACUCAUCACCACCUCCCCUGAAAACCCCUCGCAACGCCUGCCCUACCUCAUCGUGGCCAUGUCGAUGAUGAUGGUGCUCGUCUCCUGGAUUUUGUACCGAACCCUCGCUUCU